AUGAUCACAGCUGAGCCCACAGACAAGCACUACAGAUUCUUUUUUGAUAAGGAAGAACUGAAAAGAUUGCAGAAUCCUUUACAACCAGUUAAUGAUGGAAAAUACUUACUUGAAAAUCACCAGCUGGCCAUGGAUGUGGAGAAUAAUAUUGAAAAAUAUCCCCUCAAUCUACAACCCUUGGAAUCAAAGGUGAAAAUCAUUCAGCGAGCGUGGCGUGAGUACCUGCAGCGGCAGGACCCCCUGGAGAAAAGGAGCCCGUCCCCGCCCUCCAUCUCCUCGGACAAGCUGAGCAGCUCCGUCAGCAUGAACACCUUCUCCGACAGCAGCACACCCAUGGGGAAGUCACUUGCUCAGCCCAUCACAGUCAGUAUUGACUGGAACCGGAAUCUGGACCCAGGGAAGUGAGAUGCCAAAGGCCUGGCUCUUCCAUCCCACUGCUCUGUCUUCCUAAGUAAUGGUGACUUCAAAAUGUUAAAAAUAAAAAAAUG